AUGGCGCCAGUUGCCAAUGAUCCCAAGUCACCGCCCAAGCAGGAGACAAGGAGAGUCGCUUCCCCUUGGGGAGCUUCGGAUGCAGAUUUGCUCAACGGCGGGGCGCGGCGAGCCCGGCUCAGGAACCCCUUCUACCCGCUCAGCCCGGAGUCGUACGGCGCCUACGCCGUCAUGUGCCUGUCCGUGGUCAUCUUCGGCACCGGGAUCCUGGGCAACAUGGCCGUGAUGUGCAUCGUGUGCCACAACUACUACAUGCGCAGCAUCUCCAACUCCCUGCUGGCCAACCUGGCCUUCUGGGACUUCCUCGUGCUCUUCUUCUGCCUCCCGCUCGUCAUCUUCCAGGAGCUCACCAAGAAGUGGCUGCUGGAGGACUUCUCCUGCAAGCUAGUUCAGUUUUUUGAGGUAGCCUCUCUGGGAGUCACUACAUUCACACUGUGUGCCCUAUGUAUAGACCGAUUUCGGGCUGCCACUAAUGUACAGAUGUACUAUGAGAUGAUUGAAAACUGCACAUCAACUACUGCCAAACUAGCUGUUAUAUGGGUUGGUGCUUUGCUUUUGGCACUUCCGGAGGUAGUGCUACGUCAGUUGAUAAAGGAAGACCCUGAAUUUAGUGGCACUCUGCCAGGGGAGCGAUGCGUGGUAAAGAUUUCUACUGAAUUACCUGAUACCAUUUAUGUAUUAGCUCUCACAUAUGAUGGUGCAAGACUCUGGUGGUAUUUUGGCUGUUACUUCUGCUUACCUACCCUCUUCACUAUUACCUGCUCCCUAGUAACAGCAAGAAAAAUCAGAAGAGCAGAGAAGGCAUGUACAAGAGGCAACAAGCGACAGAUUCAACUGGAAAGUCAGAUGAACUGCACCGUGGUGGCUUUGACCAUUUUAUAUGGGUUUUGCAUCAUUCCUGAAAAUAUCUGCAACAUUGUGACUGCCUACAUGUCCACAGGGGUCUCUCAGCAGACUAUGGAUCUCCUCCAUCUCAUCAGUCAAUUUCUUUUGUUCUUUAAGUCAUGUGUUACCCCAGUCCUCCUCUUCUGUCUUUGCAAGCCUUUCAGCCGGGCCUUUAUGGAGUGUUGUUGUUGUUGCUGUGAAGAAUGCAUCCAGAAGUCUUCAACGGUGACGAGUGAUGACAAUGACAAUGAGUACACCACAGAACUUGAACUAUCCCCUUUUAGUACCAUCCGCAGAGAAAUGUCAACCUUUGCUUCUGUUGGGACUCACUGCUAACUAACUUUAUGGCUUUAUUUUUAGUAUUUUUCUUUAUUUUAUUUUUAACAUCAUAUUUUCCUUGUUGAAAUAAAAUACAAGAAAAAAUCUUGAUUGUAAGAACUGCCCUGCAGGCCAAUUCCCAUACUAACAGUUGUGCUUUGGAAAAUAAUUUCUGUUUUAGUUAUCAAAAUAAGAGAAAAAGAGCCGGCGUGGGUUUUUAAAAGCGUUAAAUUGGUCUGGUGCUAGUCUUUUCCUGUUUGGGGAUGAAGAAAUCAUGUCACUCCAUCUGAUUUAAUUUCUUGUUAGUUUAUUUGAUAAUCACUGUAACUUGAUUGCAUAGAUGCAUUUGUGGGUUUUUGCAAAAUGUUUAAUGUAAAAGAUGUGGUGGAAAGUAUUUGAAGUUAGUUUAAAUCCCAUUUACUGUACACCAUUGUGAGAUGAUUUGGAGUUUGGAAAAUUUACAAAGUAGCAUAAAAAUAAAUGAGAUUUUAUUCUUUA